AUGUCUAUCUCAGCAGAAGCUGAUGGGCUGCGGUCAUCAUACAGAACCGUCUCUUCUCCUCCGCCUGUAACAGACUCGGCUAUGUUGCGGCCAAAUUCCGUUAAUCGCGUAUCUUCAAACUCGAUGAACAUUCUAAGCCCAAGCGACAUUGUAGGACCGUCCCCUGUGACUUCUAAUGGGACAGAAACCACUGAGAUUGAAGACGACGCUUUAGAAGAUGUCGAACAAACACACUAUGGAGAUAUGUCGCAGAGCUCCGAACUUCUCAUGCUCUCCACAAAUUUGCCGGAGAAUUUUCGGCAGGCAAGUGGUGAUGAGGCUGUCUCAGUCAUUCAUGCACCUGAGAGCUUUGCUAGUUGGCCCAUAUCACAGCCCCCUCGGCCCCCUAUCUCGACGGAUGUAAAGCCAGUUCGAUACAGUAUUGAAAGCGCAACUCCCCGAGCUCAGGACCUUCAAGAUAUGUUAGGUGAUGGGAGCCGGUUGAGAUCCAGUAGUACUAGUAGCCUCGAAAAGAUCGAUGAACAAACUGAGGCCGAAGAGGACGACGACGGCAACGAUGACUAUUCCGCUACUCCAUUCUUGCGGCCUGCUGACGAUGAAAUUACAGCUCUUAGGGCAGCGCUCAAGGAGUGUUGGACACUCUGCAACACACUGGCUAGCCUUAGUGCAAUCCACAGAGCACGAGUGUUCUACAGUUCUGGGACACCCGACGCUCACGAGAAGGCUUGGAAAACUUGCUGGAAGCUUUGCCAGCGUCUUUACGACAACCAAGAUGAAGACCUGGCUUCUCACAAUGUGAGAAUGAACUUGGAACUAUGUCGAGACUUUUGUCAAGCUCUUUUUGAUGUCCGCCAAAAGAAAGAUGAGACUUCGGACUCGGUGCUUCGCGUGAGCUUUGAGCUUAACAAUCACCUUUACAGCGCUCAGGAUAGUAGGAAGCUACCAGAACCGUUCAGGGAGAGAACUCUCGACUUUUACAUCACACUUUGCCAUCGCCUGAUGAAACAGCGUAGUGAAUUAGCAGAAGAGACAGAUCAUCUCCUAAGCGCGUGCUGGACCCUGGCUGAAAUGCUGUUUAGUCUUCGCCAAAAUAAGCGAGAUGGAAAUCCGGUAGAUGAGGAAUUACUUGGGUCCGCUGUCCAGGCAUGCUGGGAUCUUUGCGACAUUUUCAGAGAUGGUUGGACCCAGAUUCGCCCUGACAGAAAUACCCCAAGGCCAAGUCAGACAAGCUUUUUCCCUCAACAACCUAUAGAGCAAUCAGGCAGAGAAAGCCGACAGUCAAAUCGCUCAUCGUUGCACUCAAAAAGGGAAAGUGUUAAAAGCAGCCAUCAGGAGGAGCGGCCACGCGAACCGCCACCAGUUCCAGAAACUCCUGUGACCGAGUUUGAAGACACUCCUAUCUCUCCAGAAAGUCGAUCUCCCCAGAUGCCCAACAUUAUGGUGCUCGGUACCCCCAGCGAUACGGGUCUUGGGGGGAGAUGGUCGAGCAACACAUCCAACAUAUCCAGCUAUUCGCGGGGUAGUAAUCGAACUUCGAGCACAGCAACCACAACUACUGCAACAGAAGAUCCUAAUAUUUCAAGAUCAAAGCUGCUUGUUCUCCGAGCGGCCAUGAACAUAGGAUUUAAUCGGGACGCUAUCCAAGAUCCUAUGUCCGAGUCCACAGUGCUGCACAAGUUUGUUCAAGGUUUACCUGCAGGCUCCUUCGGCUCCCUAUCUAGUCAUGCCACGCUCCUGCAGCAAUAUAAAAGCUCUGUUCUAUCAGACAAAUUCCUUCCACGGAACCACGCCUUGCCCGUUCGUGGAAAAAGGGUGAUAGCUCAGGACAUGGCGAAGAGUGUCCUGGCCAUGAGCAAUAGUUCUCCACGAUAUGCCUACCUCCGCGACCUUUUCAAGUUUGUCUUUCAAUUUGGCGUCGAUGAAGCUGAAUCACGAAGAAACGUCAGCAUCGCCAUCUAG